AUGGCUGCCACGGCAACUGCCUCUUCAAUGGGUCCCCGGUAUGCACCACCAGAUCCGACCCUCCCGAAACCAUGGAAGGGUCUUGUGGAUGGUAAAACCGGGUAUCUUUACUUUUGGAAUCCUGAGACUAAUGUCACCCAGUAUGAGAGGCCCUCGAGCUCAGCUGCCCCGCCAAAGUCUUCUUCAGUGCCUAGCUCUUCUGUCCAGGUUCAACAUAUGUCUCAAGGGUCACAACGUGGUCGUAGUCCUGAUUUCAGUGACAGGUAUGAUAGAAAUGGAAAUGGUGGAUCAAAUGAAGCUGUAUCACGGAAUAAUCAGAGUUCCAAAGGUGGAAGUUAUAGUUCUCAUAGUUUUCCAACUGGAACGAAUGCUGCUGCCAAUGUUAAUUCUUCUGUCAAAGGUCAUGGGGCUUCGGAUGCUGGAGCUGGACUAUCUCCUGAGUCUUAUCGAAAUCGGCAUGAAAUAACUGUGACUGGAGACAAUGUGCCGCCACCCCUUACAUCAUUUGGCUCUACUGGCUUUCCACCAGAGCUUCUGAGAGAGGUACAAAAUGCUGGUUUCUCAGCCCCAACUCCAAUUCAGGCACAGUCAUGGCCCAUUGCUCUUCAAAGCAGAGAUAUAGUUGCCAUUGCAAAAACAGGCUCAGGAAAAACCUUGGGGUAUUUAAUUCCAGCAUUUGUUCACCUCAAGCGCUGUGGUAAUAACUCCAAAAUGGGCCCCACUGCACUUGUACUUUCACCAACAAGGGAGUUGGCAACACAAAUACAAGAUGAAGCUGUGAAAUUUGGGAAAUCGUCAAGAAUUUCUUGUGCAUGUUUGUAUGGAGGAGCACCGAAGGGUCCUCAACUCAGAGACAUUGACCGGGGAGCAGAUAUUGUGGUAGCCACUCCUGGUCGCUUGAAUGAUAUUCUUGAGAUGAGAAGAAUUAGUCUUCAUCAGGUCUCUUACCUGGUGCUUGAUGAAGCAGACCGGAUGCUGGAUAUGGGUUUUGAACCUCAAAUUAGGAAAAUUGUGAAUGAGGUGCCUAAUCGUAGGCAAACACUCAUGUUUACUGCAACAUGGCCAAAGGAGGUUAGGAAAAUUGCAGCUGAUCUAUUGGUCAAACCUGUCCAGGUGAACAUUGGCAAUGUAGAUGAGCUUGUUGCUAACAAGUCCAUUACUCAGCAUGUUGAAGUAUUGCCACUAAUGGAGAAACAAAGACGUCUGGAACAUAUUUUACGAUCACAGGAUCAAGGAUCAAAGAUAAUUAUUUUUUGUUCUACCAAGAAAAUGUGUGAUCAACUUGCUCGAAAUCUGAUGCGUCAGUUUGGAGCUGCUGCUAUACAUGGGGAUAAAUCCCAGGCUGAGAGGGAUCAUGUGUUGAAUCAAUUUCGCACUGGGAGGUCCCCUGUUCUUGUGGCCACAGAUGUUGCUGCCCGGGGAUUGGAUAUCAAGGACAUUAGGGUGGUUGUCAAUUAUGACUUCCCCACAGGGGUUGAAGACUAUGUUCAUAGGAUUGGAAGGACUGGCAGAGCAGGAGCCACUGGGCUAGCUUACACCUUCUUUGGUGACCAGGAUGCUAAAUAUGCUUCAGAUCUGAUCAAAGUUUUGGAAGGUGCAAACCAGAAAGUACCUCCAGAACUUCGUGAUAUAUCAUCACGGGGUGGUGGUGGGAUGGGAAGAUCCAGACGAUGGGGUUCUGGUGGACGAGGUGGACGUGGUGAUUCUGGAUAUGGUGGAAGGAAUAAUGACUCAGGAUAUGGUGGAAGGGGUGACUAUGCAGGAUACGGUGGAAGAGGGAGUGAUUCAAAUUAUGGAGGGAGGGCCACUGCUUCUUCUGGCAGAGGAGGGCGUGGGUUUGACUAUGACUCUCAUAGGAAUGAUCGGGGUCCGAGUCCAGACAAGGGAUCAAAAUGGAGUGAUCGCUUCAAAAGUGUCAACCGUGAACGUAGUCGUAGCCCUGACAGGGCUGCACUAUCUCAACAUUCCCAAAGCAGCUUUCACAAGUCCAUGAUGGAUCGUGGUGGAUGGGGGGAUAGUGAUCGCAAUAAGAGCUCCAACCGGGAUCGAAGUCGCAGUCCUAGCCCCUAUAGACAGGAGAGGAUCCCAACAGUUCGUGAACGAUCCCCAGUUCACAGUUUUCAUCGAUCGAUGACGGGACAAGGUCAAUCAUCCCCACGGCAUCGUGCACGCAGUCCAUACCGAAACUCGUCUCCAUCUCAGGGUGGUGGUAGGUCCAAUAAUAAUAGUCCUCCAAAAGAGUGGGGAGGGUCUUCGGGUGAUGGAAAAUUUGGGGGAUCCCAUUCGUCUUACAAUGGAGAGGUGGAGGAAGGGAUGAUUCCAGAGGAAGAAGGAAUGAUAGAUCAAGAUGAUCACAUAUAUCGGAGUGCGGAUUAG